CAUUGCGUCAAACAUAACUAUAUUAACAAAGAUUGCGGCUUUAGUCCAUAUAUGUGCUUAUGGAAGUUACCCAGAGAAUGAGAAGUGAUCCAAGCACAUGAUUUUACUACAAACGUAAGUUUCUCUUUUCCUGCAUACCACCAUUUUUGUCUCCAAGAAACCACUCAUGGGCAUCAAUUUUCCUCAAUCCCGCUAAGCUCACGCAGUUUUGCGGCAUGGGUACACAGGUUUUUCACUGAAGAUCGGGCUUGAACUGAAGUGCUGUUUUGCAGGGUAAUCAAUGACCAGAUUGUUGUUUCCUAUUUGGAGAAAGAGGCAGAGAUUAGCCAAUCUCUUAAGAUAUUGUUCAAAAAACUCAUUGCUUGAUCAAGGAGUUCAGGUUCAUGCAGCUACUUUGAGAAUGGGAUUUGGUUUUGACUUAAUGUUGAGCAAUGAUCUUAUAGCGCUCAUGUGUGGCCAUUUACAGAAUGCUAAUGCCAGAGCAACAUUGUCACUUUUCUGUCAGAUGGUAUUCUUAUGUGUUAAGCCAAAUGAGUUUACUUUUUCCACGAAUUUCAAAGCGUGUGGGAUUUUGCAUGUUCCUAAGAUUGGAAUGCAAAUUCAUGGUAUAUGUGUAAUAUCUGGCUUUGAAAGUGUCCCUGUGGUGGGGAAUUCAAUAGUUGAUAUGUACUCAAAAUGCGGAAUAAUUAAGGAAGCAGCGAAGAUGUUUAAUGUUUUGCCGGUUAAGAAUCUAAUAAGUUGGAACACAAUGAUAGCAGGUUAUACACUUGCAGGCCAGGGUGAGAAAGCUUUAGUUUGGUUCCAUAGAAUGCAAGAAAAUGGAGAAAUCCUGGACGAGUAUACAUUGACAACCAUGUUGAAAGCUUGUAGUGGUCUUGGUAAGAUUAGGGAAGGAUCGGUGAUUCAUGGUUAUUUGAUCACUAGUGGAUUUCCAUGCUCAGCUAAGGCAGCCAUUGCUGGUUCUCUCAUCGAUUUUUAUGUGAAAUGUGGGAACUUGGUUGAGGCUCGAAGGGUGUUUAAUCAGAUUGGGGAGAAGAAUGUAAUAUCAUGGAGUGCAUUAAUUCUGGGGUAUGCUCAAGAAGAGAACUUGGGAGAGGCCAUUGAGUUGUUUAGGCAGCUUCAAAACAGCAGCAUGCGAGUGGAUGGGUUUGUUCUAUCAAGUAUGAUGGGCGUGUUUGCUGAUUUUGCGCUUGUGGAGCAAGGGAAGCAAAUGCAUGCAUAUGCUGUUAAGAUUCCUUAUGGUUUAGAGAUAUCUGUUUUCAAUUCAAUUGUGGAUAUGUAUCUCAAGUGUGGAAUACUAGAUGAGGCAGAAAGACUUUUCAAUGAAAUGCCAGCAAGAAAUGUGGUCUCUUGGACGGUUAUGAUCACUGGCUUUGGAAAGCAUGGUUUGGGCAAAGAGGCAAUUCGUUUCUUUGACCAAAUGCGAUUGGAUAAUAUCGACCCUGAUGCGGUGACUUACUUGGCUAUACUCUCAGCCUGUAGUCAUUCUGGACUCAUUGAGGAAGGUGAAGAAUAUUUCUCACAGCUGUGUCAUAAUCGAUCGGUCAAGCCGGGGAUAGAGCAUUAUGCCUGCAUGGUUGACCUUCUGGGUCGAGAUGGACGCUUGAAAGAAGCCAAGGACCUGAUCGAAAGCAUGCCCUUAAAGCCGAAUGUAGGGAUAUGGCAAACGUUGCUCGGUGCUUGUAGAGUACAUGGAGACCUGCAACUGGGGAAAGAAGUAGGCAAAAGUCUGUUGACAUUGGAUGGCGACAACCCUGUCAAUUAUGUGAUGAUUUCAAACAUAUAUGCUGAGGCUGGCUAUUGGAAGGACUACGAAGCAGUAAGAGAAUUGGCGAAAACAAAGGGGUUGAGGAAAGAGGCAGGGCGUAGUUGGGUGGAGAUUGACAAGGAGCUGCACUUUUUCUACGGCGGGGACAACACACACCCGCUGAUGGAGAAAAUUCAUGUAGUACUGACAGAGAUGGAGAAGAAGAUGAAACAAGAAAUGGGUUAUGUUCAUGGGGUCAAAUUUGCAUUGCGUGAUAUAGAUGAGGAGUCCAAGGAAGAGAGCUUGAGAGUUCACAGUGAGAAGUUGGCGAUUGGGUUGGCGCUUCUCCAUGGGGGCUGGGAUGAAGGAAGAGUGAUCCGGGUCUUCAAGAACUUGAGAAUUUGUGGGGAUUGUCACGAUUUCAUCAAGUGUCUGUCGAAGAUUCUAAAGGUAGUUUUCGUGGUGAGGGAUGCUAACAGAUUUCACCACUUCAAGGACGGCCUGUGUUCUUGCAGAGAUUAUUGGUGAUUCUGUUUUGGCAUUGCUGACCUAUUCAUUGGUUUCAAAAUCUCUUUGGUCUCGAGAUGGAGUGGGGAGUCACGAUUUGAGUCACAAAUCUUACAUUAACUGACAUUAUAAAUCUCACAUUAUCUGUGCAUUAUUAAAGUAGAACCGAAUAUUUCAGUGUUCACACCAUUGUCGAUCUAUAAAUCGCUUUUAUAAGAUCAAACUAUAAAAUCCAAUGAGGGUUUCCUGAUGGGGUCAAAGUAGAUAAAAUGUGAACCAUGCCCCACAACAUAAAACUGAUCGAAAAGGAACAAAAAAAACUGAUAAGAAAGAAACAAUAAAAAGUCCGAACUGUUCUCCAGAUUGAAUCAAAUAAAAAAAUUUUAUUUGUACAACAAAAUUGCUCAUCUGAUGUUUAACAGAAAGGGUAAUAAUUGGCUUCCCUUCAAUGAACUCCUCUUUUCUUCCAUUUUGUGCACUUCUUGUGAACAAAUUCAGACAGAACCCUACCUUUACUUCCCCCAAUGAAGCUAACUUCUUUUUUCUUCCAUUUUAAGCACUGCUUUUAAACAAUUCAAAGACGAGCCUUACCGGGCUAUUGAGGACUUCACAACAGAUGCAACUUCUAUAUUUUCACUAAAACCAACAUUAACAUACAUACAUGGAAUCUCAAAAUUUGUGGCCUCUGCCAUUUGUCACUCAGAUAUCCCAAGCAUUAUGAAAUCAUUGAUUUACUAUUUCCACUUAACUUGGAUUCUUAAAAAAA